AUGGCCGAAUCCGCUCCCAAACGCCUCAAGACCGACUCCCCCGCCUCCGUCCUCGUCGGCACGCACAACGGCCACUUCCACGCCGACGAGGCCCUCGCCGUGCACAUGCUGCGCAUGCUGCCGACGUACCGCGAGAGCCGGCUGGUGCGCACGCGCGACCCGAAGCUCCUCGAGACGUGCCACACCGUCGUCGACGUCGGCGGCGAGUACGACGCGCAGCGGAACCGGUACGACCACCACCAGCGCGGCUUCGAGACGACGUUUCCCGGCAAGCAGACGAAGCUCUCGAGCGCGGGGCUGGUGUACAUGCACUUUGGCCGGGCCCUGAUUGCGCAGCGCCUUGCUGAGGAACGGAAUAAACCUGCUUCUGCUGCUGCUACCUCAGAAGAACAGAAAGAAGAAGAAGGAAAGGAGGUGGUCAGCGAGGAGAGCCCAGACGUGGAGCUGCUCUACAACAAAAUCUACGAAUCCUUCAUCGAGGCCGUCGACGCCCACGACAACGGCAUCUCAAAGUACCCGCGCGACGCCCUCGCCGCCGCCUCCAUCGAGCCGCGCUUCUCCUCGGCCGGCUUCACCCUCGGCGCCAUGGUCGGCCGCCUCAACCCCAACUGGAACGACCCGAAGCCCGCCGACCCGGACGCCGCCCAGGCCCACGAGGACGCGCUCUUCCUGACGGCCAGCCGGCGCAUCGGCGAGGAGUUCGAGCGCACCCUCGACUUCAUGGCCCGCGCGUGGCUGCCCGCCCGGUCCAUUGUCCAGACCGCCUUUGACGCCCGCCGGAAGCACGACCCGGAGGGCCGCAUCCUCGUCCUCGGGGGCCAGAGCGUGCCCUGGAAGGACCACCUGUAUAGCCUGGAGGAAGACAAGGAGGACGGCAAGCCGAGCGUCUUGUACGUGCUCUAUGCGGAGAGCACCCAGCCCGGCGCCAAGUGGCGCGUGCAGUGCGUGCCCGAGACGGCAGACUCGUUUACGAGCCGGAGACCACUGCCCGAGGCGUGGCGCGGGUUCCGCGACGCGGAGCUUGAUGCCGUGGCGGGCGUUGACGGGUGCGUCUUUGUGCAUGCCGCGGGAUUCAUUGGUGGCAACAAGACGUUUGAGGGGGCCUUGGAGAUGGCUACCAAGGCGUUGGCUUGA